AUGUGUCCAGCUACCAGACCACAACCUCCAAUCGAUCAACUGAAGCAGAUUAUGAGGAAGGCGCCAGGUAUUUCGAUAUUUCUGGAGACCUCCAAGUCCAGAACCUCCGUGGACUUCGCUAGCAUUAGCGAGUAUCUCGCCGUGGCGAAAAAUGGCGAAUGUGAAGUAAAAACUUUCCACCUCUUUCCUGCACUAUGUGAAACACGCAAAAUGGUCCACAAAGAUCCACAAAUGACAACAGAACCUCACUUCCGCGACCUCUCUAGUUCGAAGUCUUCUCGCAUUUCUGGUCGAACCAUCGCCACCUCCUCACAGCUCAUCAUGAACCUCUUGUGCAUGCUCGUCGACUGUAUCCAUGAAGACUGGCAGACAGAUAAUCCGACUCACGGAAGUACGAUACGUCAAGGCCUGUUCCACCUGCUGCGAUUCUUUCUGGCGCUUCUGCUGACAAUUUUGAUACCGCUCACCAUCGACUUGCUCCUGAUCGUCUCAAACGUGACGGCACGCUGGUUCUACUCCACGGACGACCCUACAGCCAUCCGGUUCUGCACGGCGCUUACAUUCGGCGAAAGCGUCGUUUACGGCAGCACCGCGACGGUUAUCUGCCAAAGUCUUAUUGUGGUGAUGCCGCUUUUCCUGGCAAGCGUUGAAUGGAUCAUGGCUUGCGUGAACGCCAUCGACCUCUGGGUUGGAGUGAGAUUUGGACCUACGGUUGAUGCGGCGACGAUUCACAGGUUAUCUGAGAACGUGUCGAGGUUGAUUGAGAGACGUCGGGAACAGAACGUCAGAAGAGCAGCAGAGGAUGUGGUCACGCAACUGGUACAGGGUGGUCAGCAGGAACAGGAGCCGCCGCCACCGCCGUACGUGCAAUGA